UCAAAUUCAGAUAACCAAACAUUGAACCUGAGUUUUCUCAAACCCAGCAUAAGGGUUUCUAAACCGUUAAAAAUACACAAAAUAUCUCCGUCUUCUUCCCGUCGACGCCGUCGAUCUGACGUUUCUUUCCCCGUUUCCCGUUCCGGUCAGCUGCCCGUCAUCACAUUCUCACUCCGGUCAGUGAGUGAAUCAGUCGCUAUCUUCACACUCAAAUCUCACUCACUCCAGAGUAAUUACAGGAUCAGAUGUCCGGUGACGACGUAGAAAAUCCCGAAAAAGAGUCAUUACCUCCCAGUACUCAUAUUGAACCCGAGUCGAAAUGGUAUAGUGGUUUGGUCCAGCAAGUUUCGGUAUACGGUAUAGCUGCUGGAUACUGCUUAUCGGCGUCACUACUCUCCAUCAUCAACAAAUGGGCUGUUAUGAAGUUCCCUUACCCCGGAGCCUUGACCGCUUUACAGUAUUUCACGAGUGCAGCGGGUGUCCUCUUAUUCGGCCGCUUUAAGCUUCUAGAACACGACCGUUUAGACCUACUGACAAUGUGGCGGUUCCUUCCAGCGGCGGUUAUAUUUUAUCUAUCCCUCUUUACAAACAGUGAGCUUCUUCUCCAUGCAAACGUCGACACGUUUAUCGUGUUUCGGUCCGUUGUCCCGAUCUUCGUUGCCAUUGGAGAAACCGUUUUCCUCCACCAACCGUGGCCGUCGCUAAAGACGUGGCUUUCACUCGCGACUAUAUUUGGCGGUAGCGUGCUUUAUGUCAUUACUGAUUACCAGUUCACAUUCAUGGCGUAUAGUUGGGCUUUGGCGUACUUGAUAAGCAUGUCGAUAGAUUUUGUUUACAUUAAGCAUGUGGUAAUGACGAUCGGGCUCAACACGUGGGGUCUCGUGUUAUACAACAAUCUUGAAGCGUUACUACUUUUUCCACUAGAGUUGUUGAUAAUGGGAGAGCUAAAGAAGAUAAAACACGAAUUUACAGAUGAGUCGGAUUGGUAUUCUUUUGAGGUGAUUUUACCUGUCGGGUUAUCAUGCUUGUUUGGUCUGGCUAUUUCAUUCUUUGGAUUUUCUUGUCGUAGGGCCAUAUCGGCUACUGGUUUCACCGUGCUCGGUAUUGUAAACAAGCUGUUAACUGUGGUGAUCAAUUUGAUGGUUUGGGAUAAACACUCGACGUUUAUCGGAACGAUCGGUUUGUUAAUUUGUAUGCUCGGUGGGGUCAUGUACCAGCAGUCUACUAGCAACAAGCCGAAACCUGAAAUUGUCAAGGAAGUAGAAAAUGCAGAAGAGGAGCAACAAAAACUGCUUGAAAUGGAAAAUGUUACCGUCAACGGGUCAGAGGAAGCAAAAUGAGGACAGUAUGUUGUAUUUUUUUUAAUUGUAAGAUGUAUUUGUUUACAAGUCAGUGACUCGGUUGUGAGCAAUCUUAUACAAAGUAGAAGAUCCAUUUAUUCUCAUGAAUACGAGCCAAGUUGUUUUGAAAUCUAUCGUAUAUAUUUGCUUAUUUCCAUUAA